AUGCGUCUCAAAACGUGGGGAAAGGAUUUGAAGUCCCGUCUCAGACCCAAAGCGCCGUCUGUGCCUUCACCAUCUCCCGCAAUCGCAAUCCGUCAGCAUAGCGGAAACCAGGCCCAGGAUCAUCCCCACCCUCAAGAUUUAUGGCAAUCUGCGUAUGAUCAGCUAGACCGGAAGGAACAGCUGACUUUGUCAACAUGCGAAUUGAUUCCCAGCGAAAUAAGAAGCAAUCUGAACGGACGUUCCCCAACGGAGGCUAUAAUCGAGGGUGUCAUCCACAGAACUAAACAGCAAUAUGAAGAAUACCAAAAUGGGAGCUUAAAGAUCCGGAGGUCGACGGGGGAAGAUAUUGAUCUUCGACAACUCUCACGCAACAUAAUUGACGCGGCAUUAUCCUUCAAGGACGUUGUUAGCGCCGUGGUAGCCUAUGAUCCGACUCAAUAUGCAGCAAGCGCUUGGGCCGUUGUCUCGCUUGGUUUGACUAUGACUAAAAACCGCUUUGACCUGCGCGAUACCUUGUUUGAUUCUACAGAAUAUUUGGCAAAUGUUCUUGCCCGGUGUGCCUAUAUCGAGAAAGGCAUAUACCACAACGACGCAUGGAAGAAUGCCGAAGUAGCACGCGCUAUCAUUGGGGUUUAUAAGGCCAUUCUCCAUUAUGCAGCAGAGGUGUUAAGUGCUCAACAGCCCAGUAUGGGAAGGUGGAUACAGGACACAGUCACCGGAAUCACCAAGCAACGCCUCGCCGACCUCCAAUCCUCGGUCAAAGAAGAAGAGCAUUAUCUGCACCAAUGGGUUCAGAUGGAUCAGCACUUGCGCCAUAAUGAACAAGCGGAGCUUCUUAUCAGCCAAUGUGAUAAAAUGAUAGAGUCUGUUCAAACGCUCAUCCAGCGUUUCAGCCUACCAAUUGCAGAAGGAGCGUUUUAUGACUCCUACGAUAGUCAACAUGAAGACAAAUGUCUUCCAGAGACCCGAACUGAGAUUCGUCGCCAGAUUACAGAAUGGGUCGCUCGCCCGACGGCAAAUUCAUUUAAAGAGAAGGGGCUACUAGGCGCAAGUUUCUUCUUUAAGAAGGGUGAAGCAGAACGUGGCAAUGCGAAAAGACUAAUAUCAACGGUUGCAAAGCAAUUGAUCACCAGCACCCGUCAGCUAGCUCCAGGUAUCAUGGCAGCGAUUCAGAGCGAUCCACAUAUUUCCUCAAAAGCGCUUCCCGAACAGUUUGACAAGCUUCUCCUCCAGCCACUAGUGAAUCUGAGGUUAGACGAGCCUACAUCUACAGUUGUUAUGAUUGACGCGUUAGAUGAGUGCGAAGAAGAGGACAUAAAGCUCCUUCUAGAUCUCUUACCACAGGUACACCAAUCUGAAUCUCUACGUGUACGGAUCUUCUUGACAAGCAGACCCGAGCUUCCCAUCCGGCUUGGCUUUCAGCAAGUUUUGGAACAUCAGGACUUGGUGCUUCAUGAGCUUCCCACUACAGUGAUUGAACGUGACAUACGGCUAUUUCUCCAAGAUCGACUAAGAAAAAUACAGAUGGAGCAUUCGUUGUCCCCUGGCUGGCCAGGCGAGGAUAUCAUGGAGAUUCUAGUAUCUAGAUCAGUUCCGCUCUUUAGCUUCGCAGCUACCAUGUGUCGCUUUAUUGGGGAGAAAUACCAGGUACCAGAAGACCGCCUUGAUGCAGUUCUCAAUGAUUCGGCAUCUACAUCUGGCUCGCAGAUGGAAAGAAUAUAUCUGCCGAUCCUGAACAAACUGCACACGGAGAUGCAGGCGACCAACUUUACACAAGAGAUACAAGAAGUAUUGGGCGUGAUCAUUCUUCUUGCAGCCCCCCUGUCCGUUAAGGCUCUCGCAGGGCUUGUUAAUACCCCCGAAAGGAGAAUUCGCUCUCGGUUAGCCGCGUUUCACUCCGUACUUAGAGUGCCGAGCAGCUGUGGAACCCCAGUCCGCACCCUGCAUUUAUCCUUCCAGGAAUUUCUUCUUAACACAACUAGUAUUUUCCAUGUCAACGAGAAGGAAUCACACCAGAAGAUAGCAUUGUAUUGCCUUUCCACUAUGAACUCUAGUCUCAAACACAACAUCUGCGGUCUACCAAGUUAUGGAACUCAGAGAGCAAAGAUUGACUGUCAAAUUAUUAACAAGUGUCUCCCAGCAGAGUUGCAAUAUUCCUGCCGCUACUGGGCAUACCAUAUCAAGCAGGGCAAAGACCAGGUACAUCACACGGCAGUGUUUGCAUUUCUAAAACGACACUUUCUUCACUGGUUGGAGGCCAUGAGUUUGAUGGGGUUAAUAUCGGAGGUGGUCAAUAUAAUAAACACACUACGGCUAGCAGCACAGACCGACCGACAUUCUGAGCUUUCGUUAUUCUUGCAGGAUGCGAAGCUGUUUGUAUUAAAAGUUAUUUAUAUCUGCAACGACUUUCCACUCCAGUUAUAUUGCUCAGGGCUUGCGUUCUGGCCAACAUGUAGUAUUAUCAAAAAGGUAUUUGAAGAGAGCCAAAGAUGGGUGUAUAUUCUGCCACAAGUUGAGGGUUCAAGCAGCGCAGAGCUACAGGCCCUGAAGGGCCAUUCUGACAGAAUUCACUCAGAGGCCUUCCCAUUGAACGACCAGAUGAUCAGCUCCGGAUCCAAAGAUAAUAUCGUCAAACCCUCGGACCAUUCUAAUUGCAUUGUGUCGGUGACAUUUUCGCCAGAUGGCAGGAUGGUCGCGUCCGGCUCUAAGGAUAAUACUAUCAAGCUCUGGGAUCCCAAAACUGGUCAGCAGCUGCACAUCCUGGACGGCCAUUCUGACUCAGUUGUGUCAGUAGUAUUUUCACAUGACAGUCAGAUAGUCGCCUCGGGCUCAUAUGAUCGGACCGUUAAGCUCUGGGAUAUCAAGAGCUGCCAACAGCUGCGCACUCUCGAUGGUCAUUCCGACUCUGUUGUGUCCGUGGCUUUCUCACCAGAUAGCCAGAUGAUUGCCUCCGGCUCCGAUGAUAGUACUAUCCAGCUCUGGGACACCAAGACCGGUCAGAAACUACGUACAUUAGAGGGCCACUCCGACUGGGUUCAAUCAGUGGCCUUCUCGCCAGAUGGUCAGAUAGUGGCCUCUGGUUCCUAUGAUAAUACCAUUAAGCUCUGGGACACCAAGACCGGUCAGCAGCUGCGCACACUGGAGGGUCAUUCUAACCUAGUUGCCUCAGUGGUUUUCUCGCCGAAUGGCUACACGAUCGCCUCCGGCUCCUACGAUAACACAAUCAAACUCUGGGAGACUAGAACAGGCCAGCAGCUCCACACCCUGGAGGGCCAUUCCGGGUUAGUCCGAUCGGUCGCCUUCUUGCCAGAUAGUCGUAUAGUUGCCUCUGGCUCCUAUGAUAGCACCAUUAAACUCUGGGACACUAAAACCGGUCAGCAACUGCGGACCCUAGAGGGCCAUUCUGGUCCAGUUCGGGCAGUAGCGCUUUCACCGGAUAGCCAAAUAAUUGCCUCCGGCUCAUAUGACAAUACUAUCAAGCUUUGGGAAACCGAAACCGGUCGGCAGCUGCGCACGCUGGAGGGUGAUUCACGCCCAGUUGUCUUGACACCGGAUAUUCAGCUAGCCGAACCAAGUUCCCUGCUAUCUGUGGAGGAUGGCUGGGUGACUUUUGCAGCUGAAAAGGUAUUGUGGCUCACUUUCGACCAUCAGCAAUUUUCCUCUUCCGUCGCCAAAGAAAAUACACUUGCCCUUGCGUAUCCCGAUGGACGAGUGUGCUCCAUGGAGUUCCGUGCACCUGCCGUGUAG